AUGGCCGACAUUGCCAUCAGGACAUUGUAUUUCGAUUUUGACCCAGAGGAUCCGGAGAAAGACGAUGAGGAUGUCAACGAAGACAACGAGGCCACCGUGUUAUACGCCAUUGCGUCUCUCGAGGACCUCUGCGGGUCCCGGGAGAAGUACAUGGCGGCCACGCAGACUGGCCGGUAUGGGAGCCAGGCGCUUCGCAAGAAGCUGCUUAUGCAGUUUGAGAAAUAUUUCAGCAUCGAUACGCCAUGCUGUCCUUGCAAGCACUGCCACAAGGAACUGCGCGAGCCGGGUUGGGAGCCUGUGGAGUUCUGCGAUGCGCAUAAUGGUUGCAGCUUGAUGUAG